UGUUUCGUCCCAAAUUGUUUCUGUGCCCAAUUCGGUCCCGGAAACGGAAAUGAUAGGAAGAGGAUUUGCGAGAAUUGUCAGCACGGAUGGAUUGAACACGGUCGUAACACUAUUGUUAAAUCUCAUACGGCUGAGGUCGCCUUCGAACCGACAACCUUCGAGACAGUUUACAGAGUGGCAAGUCUCUUUCUUUUUGGCUGUCAAGCUUGUCCUAUUAGAUUAAGGAUACUAAUGGAUAGAUUAUUCCAAUGCAUCUCGCCUGAGCAAGCGAACUCCAUCCUAAGUUCAUUUGGAUGGUCCUACGAUGAUUAUAACCGCGGAUACAUUGCUGAGGUC